GUUGCUAUAUAUAUGCGAAGAAAAUCAACUCUAUGUUUUGAAUUUUUGCCAUCUAACGAAAAAUAAUUCCAAUAAAUAAUUUAAGGAAUCGCCAACCAGCGGAGCGUUGGACAGCGAACUGCCACAGACUGCUGAAAGAACCAAUCUCCUCCCCCCUCUGCCCCCUCUCUUCUGUUGCAAGGAUGUUUUUUGAAGGUUUUGAAGUGGUCUCGGCUCUGGUUGCGUGCUUGGUAUCUGUAGCCUUGCUCUUCGCUGUAUCUAGACAACUUUGGCAAGUCCGCUGGGCGGUGACACGCGACAAAAGCUCUAGUCUACCGAUUCCCAAGGGUUCCAUGGGAUUACCUGUCAUCGGAGAAACAUUUCACUGGUUGGUAGAGGGGUCCAGCUUCCAUGCAUCGAGGCGUGAGAAAUACGGCAACGUCUUCAAGACACACCUCCUGGGCCGCCCAUUGAUCCGGGUGACUGGCUCGGAGAACGUCAGGAAGAUCCUGAUGGGCGAGCAUUCCCUGGUGAGCAGUCAGUGGCCCCGGAGUACCAGGAUGCUGCUCGGUCCAACCAGCCUCAUCAACUCCAUCGGUGACAUCCACCGCCACAAGAGGAAGAUCUUCACCAAGGUGUUCAGCCAUGACGCUUUGGAGUGCUACCUUCCAAAGAUCCAACAAGCGAUCCAGAAUGGGAUCAGGGACUGGAGCAGCAGUGGGGAACCCAUCACAGUCUACCAGCAGGCCAAGAAGUUAACCUUCCGCAUUGCAGUUCGAGUCCUGCUGGGUUUCCGUGUCUCCGAGGAUGACUUGAACCUCCUGUCAGAGAGCUUCGAGCAGCUGGUCGCCAACCUCUUCUCUUUACCACUUGACUUCCCGUUCAGCGGCUAUAGGAAGGGAAUGCGAGCUCGGGACAACCUCUACAAGUACCUGGAAAAAGCCAUCAGCGAGAAGCUGCAGUGCAAACAAGACAAGGAUUAUGCUGAUGCCUUGGACAUUCUGAUUGACAGUGCCAGGGAGCAAGGCAAAGAGCUCACCAUGCAAGAGCUGAAGGAGUCGACGGUGGAGCUGAUCUUUGCCGCCUUUGCUACCACCUCCAGUGCCAGCACCUCGCUGAUCCUGCAGCUGCUGCAGCACCCUGCCGUGCUGGAGAAACUGCGCGAGGAGCUGAGGAGCAACGGGAUCCUCCACAAUGGCUGCAAGUGCGAGGACAGGCCCCGCAUGGCAACGGUGGCCCGUCUGCGCUACCUGGACUGCGUCAUCAAGGAGGUGCUGCGGCUGCUGCCCCCUGUCUCGGGGGGGUACCGGACGGCGCUGCAGACCUUCGAGCUGGACGGCUGCCAAAUUCCCAAAGGAUGGAGUGUUCUCUACAGCAUCAGGGACACGCAUGACACAGCGCCCGUCUUCCAGAACGUUGGGGUCUUUGACCCUGACCGCUUCGGAGAAGACCGGGACGAAGACAAGAGUGUCCGCUUCAGUUACAUCCCUUUUGGAGGGGGCGUCAGGAGUUGCCUGGGCAAGGAGCUGGCCAAGCUCAUCCUGAAGGUGUUGGCCAUGGAGCUGGCCAGCACUAGCCGCUUCGAGCUGGCCACCAGGACGUUCCCUCGCAUGCUGACAGUGCCUGUGGUCCAUCCCAUGGAUGGUUUGAAAGUAAAAUUCUAUGGACUUGAUUCCAACCAGAAUGAGAUAGACCCAGAGUCAGAAUCUCUGCUGGGUUCCACUGUGUAGCCAACAUCCCCAGGCCAAACCAAGCAGAAGUACAGCAAGCAUAUCUGAAUUGUUUCGAAAAACCUCUCCUACCAACUAACAUACAAAAUAAACCAAUCUCAGAUCUUCGAGCAAAGCCGCCUUCUGAAUUUUCGUUGCAUCAGGUAUAAAGGACAAUUUUGGAUUAAGCACAUUCAAAGGAGAGACUUCUUGGAAAGGAAUUAAGUUUGAGGGAGCUAGGGGCAAGAAGCGGGAAAAACGUGUUGGAGGAGGAUGUGUCUGACCUCUGUUGGAGAGAGGGUGAGAGUGAGAGCUGGCAUGUGUAUGGUGAUGGCGAUACAGAAAUUCUUUGCGAUCAACGGAAAACAAGAGACAAUUCUUUUAAAAAAAACACAUAUAUAUCCUGCAUUCCUACUUAAAGUAUAUAUGUAUAAACCUGUUCUGAGUACCAUUCUAGGUAUGUAACUUGAUUAGAGAUUGCAACAGCGUUGCAGCCCAGUGCACUUUGAAUGUAGUUCUGAUUACUGAUGCUGGUUAUAUUCAGUGUAAACUUAGAAACCAUAACAAACUGGUUUGAAUUUGUACUAUUCCUAUCUUUAAGCUAUAUAUGGAUUAUUUGUUGUGUGUUUUUUUUAUUUUAAGAUUGCAAUUAGACAAAUAGUGUAAAAAGAAAAUAUUUUUUCUGUUGGUAAAUAUUGUUUUAGUAAAAAAUGAA